CGGCCGUUUCCGCACGCAAGAAGGGGGGGGACACGUGACGGUGGGGGAAACGCCACCAGGAGAGGUGGGCCCCAGGCAGCAGGUGCUGUUGCGCCUCCAGCGCCUUUUCUCUCUACCCAGAAGCCCCCCGCCAUUAGGUGACGGCCGGGUCCCCAAGCCAACCAAGAUGGCGGCGAAGUUCAUGCGCGCGAGGCGGCGCUCUAGGAUACCUCCGCGCUACUCUAUGGUUGCCCGCGAGUCCUCUGCCCGUGCGAGACCGGGCGCAGGAAAGGUCAGAGGUCACGCCCCGCCCUCCGACGGACGCAACAUGGCGACGCCGAGCUGGGGCCGCGCCGCCUCGCGGAGCCGGGCAUGGCAGCUGCUGGGUGCGGCCAGGCGGGGCAGCAGCCAUGGAACCGCUGACUCGCCGGCCACGGGCGUCUCGCCCCCGGAGCCAGAGAAGCGGCCGAGCAGCCUCACCGGCGCCUUGGACGCCGGCCCGCAGCAGGUGCCUUCAAAGAAUGUGGAAUCCUUUGCAUCCAUGUUGAGACGCUCUCCUUUAGUUCAGAUGGGGCCUGCCAAAAACAAAAUUGUCCUUGGUCAAAUCUUCCACAUUGUAGAAGAUGAUCUUUAUAUAGAUUUCGGUGGCAAGUUUCACUGUGUGUGCAACCGACCAGAAGUAGAUGGAGAGCCCUGUAUCAGAUAUCCAUUCUCACAGCUGAGUACUGGAUUUACCUCCCUCCAGAGCACAACAAGACUGCUGUUGGCAAUUGGUUUGAAGGAGUCACUACAGAGCAAAAUGAAACUCUCUCUUCCGAAAAUAUCAAAAAGGAUCCAGAGUGCGUCUGAGACUGGUGGACCUGGAACUCACAUCUAGAUUCUUGGGAGCAAAAACAGAUACAACUUUACUGGAGGCUGAUGCAGUGCUGCUAGGGCUCCUGGAAAGCAGCGAAAUAAGGCAAAAGGAGUAAAGUUAUGUAAAUAAAUCAAUCAAUAAAGUGUAGAUGCUUAACAUUUUAUUUGUCCAACUUGCUUGUUCUGAGAAAGAAAAUGUUAGGAUUCUUCCCUCACGGUUGUGUAAAUUGUAAGGUAAAUUAAAUAAAAGGGAACAAUCACAGUA